AUGAACGGCUACGGCUCCCCCUAUCUGUACAUGGGCGGCCCGGUGUCGCAGCCGCCGCGGGCGCCCCUGCAGCGCACGCCGAAGUGCGCGCGCUGCCGCAACCACGGCGUGCUGUCCUGGCUCAAGGGCCACAAGCGCUACUGCCGCUUCAAGGACUGCACGUGCGAGAAGUGCAUCCUCAUUAUCGAGCGGCAGCGGGUCAUGGCGGCGCAGGUGGCACUGCGCCGGCAGCAGGCCAACGAGAGCCUGGAGAGCCUCAUCCCCGACUCGCUGCGCGCCCUGCCGGGACCCCCGCCGUCUGGGGACGCCGCCGCCGCCGCCGCCGCCCCGCAGCCGCCGCCGACCUCGCAGCCGUCCCAGCCGCCGCGCCCUGCCGCCGAGUUGGCUGCGGCCGCCGCGCUGCGCUGGGCCGCCGAGCCCCAGCCCGGGGCGCUGCAGACGCCGCUCGCCAAGCCAGAUUUGACUGAGGAGCGACUUGGGGACAGCAGCUUGGCAGACAACGCAGAGUCCUUCAGCGACAAAGACACGGACCAGAGGAGCUCCCCAGACGUUGCGAAAAGUAAAGGCUGCUUCGCCCCCGAGAGCCCCGAGGUAGUGUCGGUGGAUGAAGGUGGGUACGCAGGCCAGAAAAACGGGGGCAACUCGGACAGCCGCUCCGACAGCCCCAAGUUCCACGGGGAGCAGAACCACCUCCUGAUCGAGGGCCCCUCGGGGACCGUCUCUCUGCCCUUCAGCUUGAAAGCCAACAGACCCCCCCUGGAAGUGUUAAAAAAAAUAUUCCCCACCCAGAAGCCCACGGUGCUGGAGCUGAUCCUGAAGGGCUGUGGGGGGGACCUGGUGAGCGCCGUGGAGGUCCUGCUGUCCAGCCGGUCCUCGGUCUCGGCCGCCGAGCGGACUGCCGCCGAGCCCGAGAGCCUCGUGCUGCCCUCCAACGGGCACCUCUUCGAACACACCUUGAGCUCCUACCCCAUCUCCUCCUCCAAGUGGUCCGUGGGGUCGGCCUUCCGCGUCCCAGACACGUUGAGGUUUUCUGCGGACUCCAGUAACGUCGUCGCCAACCCCCUGGCCGUGCCCCUGCAGCACCCUUUCCCCCAGCCGCCCCGCUACCCGCUCAUGCUGAGGAAUACUCUGGCGAGAAACCAGUCGAGCCCCUUUCUGCCCAACGACGUCACCCUGUGGAACACCAUGACGCUGCAGCAGCAGUACCAGCUGAGGUCCCAGUACGUCAGCCCUUUCCCGGGCAACUCUGCCAGCGUCUUCAGGAGCUCGCCGGUCCUGCCCACGCGCGCCCCCGAGGACCCGCGGAUCUCCAUCCCCGAUGAGGGGUGCCCCAUGGUGUCCAAGCAGCCCAUUUACACCGAGGACGACUACGACGAGCGGUCCGACUCCUCAGACUCUAGGAUACUCAACACAUCAUCCUAAAGUGGCACCGGAUGG